AUGACCAACCUCAAUAAGAAUGAAUUAGCCAAAAUUGGAGUCCAAUUUGGUAAUUUAGUCCGUAAAUGGAAUCCCAAAAUGCGCCCUUAUAUUUAUGGCAAAACCAAAAAUAAAACUCAUAUCUUAAAUUUACAAAAAAUUGCUGAUAGUUGUCAAGAAAACAAGACAAAAAACAUCCCUGAAGAACAAGACAAAAAACAUCCCUUUGAAAUAGUUAAAGAACAAGCUAUCCGUGGAUUUUUAACCAAUUUUGGGGAAAUUAAGAAAAAAUUAAGGGAAUUGCAAUCAUUAAAUACCUUUAUCCACAAAGAUAGUUUUAAAAGUUUAAUUAAAAAAGAGCAAGUAAAAUACGAAAAAAGGCGAGCCGAAUUACAAAGUAUUUACGAAGGGGUGGUUAAUUUAAGAGAUAAACCGGACGUCUUGUUUAUUAUUGGGCUUAAUAAGGAAAAAACGGCUUGUCUGGAAGCCAAAAAAGCUAAAAUUCCUGUUAUUGCGUUUAGUGGCGGAUGCUGUCAUCCAGGCCAAAGGGGAGGCAAAAUCAGUAGCCGAAAAUACGGCAGUAAACGAAAAAUUGGAGUAAAAACAAGCAUGUCUCAACCUCGUUUUUUUACUGGCAUUCAAGCAAGUGGCGCUCUUACUUUAGGAAAUUAUUUAGGAUUAAUCCGUAAUAUUUUAGAAAUACAAGAGGAAUAUGAGGUCAUUAUCAUGAUCUGUGAUUUACAUUCCUUAACCAUUCCCAAACCCAACUUUAAUUAUCGGGAAAUCGGCCACGAAAUCGCUUCUCUAUUAUACGCUUGUGGUCUAAAAGAGGAAAAUUGUAAAAUAUUCAUACAAUCGGAAAUAAAAGAGCAUGUCGAACUGGCUUAUUUACUUUCUCCGCAUAUUACUGUUAGUGCUUUAUCUAAUAUGAUUCAAUAUAAGGAGAAAAAAAGAGAGCAAGAAUCUGGUAAUUUGGCUUUGCUGACUUAUCCAGUUUUAAUGGCGGCGGAUAUUUUUCUCUACGAUGCAGACUUGGUUAUUGUCGGUCAAGACCAGACCCAGCACCUCGAAUUAACCACCAAUAUCGCCCAGAAAUUCAAUAAUUUUUACGGCCAAAAACUGCUAAAAAUUCCGCAAUUUACUAUACCUCAUUUGGGGGCUAAAAUAAUGGACUUAAAAAACCCGCAAAAAAAAAUGUCAAAAAGUGAAAAUGAUUUUCUGGCCUUAUUAGACAACCCGCAAGUCGUUGCCAAAAAAAUUAAAGAAGCGGAAACUGAUAGUGAAAAUAGAAUCUAUUAUGACCCGACUAAAAAAGCUGGUAUUUCCAACCUCUUAACCAUUUAUGCUUUGUUAAGCAAGCAAGAAAUAAAAGAAGCCGAAAAAGAAUUACAAAAUCUCAACUAUCACCAAUUUAAACUCAAACUUAUUGAUUUGCUUAAUGAAAACUUGGGAAAAAUCCACAAAAAAUAUAUUGAUUAUCAACCCAGAAUUAAAGAAAUAUUGAAAAAAAAUACUGAAUACUUAAAAAUUUUAGCCACCCAAAAACUGAACUUAAUCAAAAAAGAAAUAAAAUUUAAUUAA